AUGUCAUAUAGUUACAAGCCAAACAAGAUUCGGCCUCAUGUGGUAGCCCUCAAAGCAUUCUGUUUGGGUAGUGCUUCACUGGCAUGCAUUGCUGUUUUAUGCUGUUCUUCUAAUGUGAACACCAGUGGUCCAAAAGUCGCCCUAUACACUUUGGUCCAAUGCAUAUUUCAUUUCUUGGAGUUUUUAAGUACGGCGAUUUUCAACACAUCAGAAGUGGAAGAUGAUUCAUUUAUUCUAGGUGAUACCGACCUUUAUUUGGUAUAUGUGUUGUCUGUUAUUGAAACAUUUUUUGUGCACAUUUAUUUACCCCAUCGUCGGUGGUCGUUAUUCCUUGGGCUUGUGAUGAUUAUGACUGGUCAGAUUUGCCGAACGUUGGCUAUGUACACAGCGGGGACGUCAUUCAACCAUUACGUUCAACGAGAGAAAAGUAGUAAGCAUAAAUUAAUCACCACAGGUAUCUACAGCUACUCUCGGCAUCCGAGCUAUUUCGGCUACUUUUGGUGGUUUAUUGGAUCACAGGUCAUGUUAGGGAAUUGGUUUGUUGGCGUUGCCGGUGCUUAUAAGUUAUCUCGCUUCUUCUCACAAAGAAUUGCUUAUGAGGAAGAGUAUUUAAUCUCCUUCUUUGGAGAGGAAUACGAAGCAUACAAGAAAAACACGCCAGUUAGGAUACCAUUUAUCUAA